AUGCUUUCCGCUGUUGAUUAUCAAGCCUUACAACUCAUUCGUCAUAUUCUCUACUUUGCUGCCCUUAUGGCCUGUAUUCGACUAAUAGUCGAAAGUGUCCGCUUACUCGCAAGGGCAUACCGAGCACUUUACGCAGUUUUUUCGGGUCCCUCUGCCAAUGACACAAAUGUGCCUCCUCUUCUUCCUCCAGCGCCAAAAGACAACAGCAAAUAUAAUGCUCAGGUCUUUCUUUACUCAUAA